CCAAGCAGAGAGAAGCAGCAGACUCUGAACCAUCCUGAAACCCUUCACACCUCACCAUGCUCUGCUUUCUGCUAUUAACAUUGUUCGCUGUGGCGUCAGCGGACCGGCUGCCCCGCAGCUGCGGCACCUGCGACCCGAGUCAGUGUGCGCCGCUGCCGGCCGAGGGCUGCUCAUCCGGGACGCUGCUGGACGCGUGCGGCUGCUGCGAGCUCUGCGCGUCUGGAGUUGGAGAGCCGUGCGGGGGACGCGGACCCUCAGCCAAGCGCUGCGCGUCCGGACUCGAGUGCGUCAAGAGCAACAAAGACAAGAAGAGUAAAUCAGGGGUCUGCGUGUGCAAGAGCAACUAUCCCGUGUGCGGCACUGAUGGCGUGAACUAUAACAGCGGCUGUGAGCUGAAAGCAGCAAGUGUGAAAGCAGUGAAGGAGAAAAAACAGGAGAUUAAAAUUCAGAACAAGGGCAAAUGUGCUCAAGGACCAGUUAUAGUGACAGCUCCAGGAGAGGUCUGGAAUGUGACAGGUUCACAGGUCUACCUAAGCUGUGAAGCUACAGGGAUACCAACACCUGUGCUCACCUGGAGAAAGGUAUCUGACAGCAAAGAAAAGACUGUGCCGCUCCCAGGAGACAAAGACAACCUGGCCGUCCAGACCCGCGGAGGCCCUGAAAAGCAUGAGGUUACUGGCUGGGUGCUAAUAUAUCCUCUUACCAAGAAUGAGGACGGCUCCUAUGAGUGUCACGCCAGUAACAUCAAGGGUGAAGCAUCAGCUGUGGGCACCAUCCAUGUGGUGGAUUCCAUCAAUGACAUUCCUCCCAAGAAGGUGAAGGAUAGCGAGCUGUAAGAGGACGUGGACUCUGACUGAGCUGAUCAGUCUCACUACAUCUGUGCACUGAGGACAAGCACAUAGCAUCUAGUGUAAUCACUGUUCACGCACACUGCCUGAACCACAAACAAUGCAUGUUGGCACUUUUAAUCUAUAGAAGUUGUUCAGGCACACUCACAAAAAAAAAAGACCCUGACAUUUCUCCAUUCAUAUUCUUUACCUCAUUCCACAAUCUGUCUGCCCGCAGAGCAACUUCGAUACUGUAAAGCGACCAUCAGAUUGAUUUUCCAAGAGAUACUCACGCUCAUACACGUGAAUACAUAUCUCCAUGCAAACAUUCAGGCAUGCACACUGCAUACGUCAAAUCAUUCACACUGGCUUGCAUUUGAGGCGCUCAAAUAUCUCGUCUCCACGUAUAUGCAUGCUUUGCUUCUCUUUGUUAUUUUUCGAGAUAAGUGUUAUUGAGGAUACAAAUACUGCAUUCAUUCCUUUAUUUUCUAUUUUGUUUUUGGUUGACGUCUAUGGUGCUGAACGAACAACUUACUUUGAACGUCAACUGUUUUUGUGCACAAACUUUCAGAUGCGGACCUUCUCAGGUUCAAUUAAAACAAAAAGGUUUAAGACUACUUCAACUUAAUCAGAGUUGCCCAAACUUUUUGCAAUAAAGGGCCAAAACUCAAACUUGAUUGAGGACCAUGGGCCAAAAGUAAAUGUUACAUUAUAUCCAUAUAUUAUAUUAAAAUUUCCUUCUAUUCUGUUGGUUCCUAAAUUGCAGUAGAAUUAAGUGUUGUUCUCUAAAUGUCUGAGCAUCUAAUGCAUUUGUUUUUAUGUUGAUAUUUGUAUCACACCAAUGAAUAAAGAUGUACUUUGAGAGGCA